AUGUUGUCCGUGGCCAACCCGUUAUACUUUUUUACAAGUAGCGUGGAAGCGCCAACGCCUCUUUCUCGAUUAAGAAUUGCUGGUUUGUUAUUUUUCUUGCUCUGAAAUGAAUAUCGGUCUUUCCAGAUGUUAUGGAUUUCUUUUUUGUCGUUCAUCCUGACUCAGGUCGAAAAGAAGGCGAUGAGCACAAGAGAAUAAUGUAUUUCAAUCCAAAAGUAGAAGCCCUUGAUAAACAGGUUUAAAAAUUUUUUUCUCUUUUUUUGGUCAUGAAAUAAUUUUUAGACAGAAAUUACUGGCUUUGCUGAGGCUGUGAUAAAUUUCACGGACAAUUUUUCUAAGCGGGAAGCUGCAAUUUCUGCGAGAAAUUGAAGAAGAAUUUGAUUUCCGGACCGUUUCCACACAAAAAAGCGAUCAUGUUUAUAUUCAGGUUUCUAAACUAUAUGAAUGCUAAAAUUUAUAUAUUUUAGGUCGAAAAGCAAAAGUUCAUACUUGGAAUUUCCCUUUCAAAGUAAGCUCACUUUAAUUGGAAGCGGAAAAUAAUUUUUUAAUUUUUCUCAUGCUUGAAUUGCAGACAAAUGGCUUUUCAUUCAAACUAUCCCUUGUACCUACCGGCCGUCAAAAAAACGUCCUCUGUGAUUCCUACAAGACUUUUUCGAUUAUUUUUUUCGGCGAUUUUUGGGAGUUUUAGGUGGGAAUAUACCUUUAAAAACCUUUAAAUAAUGAAUUUUUCAGGGAAAACGACGAGGAAAAGUUCAAAGAAAGAUUGGAAUUAUUUUUCUCUAGAUUCUUGCCAUUGUUGAAAGUCCAAAGGGUAUGUUUUUUUACUGAAAAAAAUUUCAGAUUUUGAACUCUUAUCUUUUUGCAAAUGUUUAUGGUUUGAAAAGUUUCCAGCUGCCAAUUUUGGAUCAACUCGGCGGCGUUGAAUUUUUUUACCACUUUCCGGUCCGCCUUACUUGAAUGUCAUAACGUUGAUGGACGAACUGCAGGAGGAAUUUCCUUUGAUUGAAAAAAAGUCGUGUUUUUUUAUAUCAGGUUGGGAUUUUACCUGUGAUUUACUUUUUCAACUACAUGAAUUCUCGUUUUUCCGACUUUUUUUCAGUAUUUUGAAAAUCGUUCUCUUGUUUUAAUAUUUUUUUAACAGGGGAGUGUUCAGCAGAUUUUCGAAACGUUUGUUCACAUACUGCUCGGAAUAAAACGUUUUUCCUCUGCUCUUACUGCAAUUUCGAAUGCUUUUUUCAAAGAAUUACGAGAGAUUUUUCAAGAAAAACUCCCGCUUUCUAUGAAAAAAAUUUAAGCAAAAGGGAAAAUUCCCUUGGUUUUAAGGAUUUCAUAGUUUCUUCGAAAAUAAAACUUCAAAAAAAUUUUUCAGGGUAAACUUCUGUAUUAUUCGAUAUCCAAACAAGAUCUACCUGUUCUAUUCCGAUAUUUGACGCAGAAUUUAUUGCCAACAGCAAUCGCGCCCGAGUUGGAACCGACCAGGUAAAAUAAACUCCGCGUAUAAAAAGACCAAAAUUCUGAUUCAAAAAAGUUAAGCAGACCAAAAUUUAGGUUCUAGAAAGUUAAGCAGACCAAAAUUCAGGUUCUAGAAAGUUAAGCAGACCAAAACGUAGAAUCUAGAAAGUUAAGCAGACCAAAAUUUAGAAUCUAGAAAGUUAAGCAGACCAAAACGUAGAAUCUAGAAAGUUAAGCAGACCAAAAAUUUAGAAUCUAGAAAGUUAAGCAGACCAAAAUUUAGGUUCUAGAAAGUUAAGCAGACCAAAAUUUAGGUUGUAGAAAGUUAAGCAGACCAAAAACGUAGAAUCUAGAAAGUUAAGCAGACCAAAACGUAGAAUCUAGAAAGUUAAGCAGACCAAAAUUUAGAAUCUAGAAAGUUAAGCAGACCAAAAAUUUAGAAUCUAGAAAGUUAAGCAGACCAAAAAUUUAGAAUCUAGAAAGUUAAGCAGACCAAAAACGUAGAAUCUAGAAAGUUAAGCAGACCAAAAUUUAGAAUCUAGAAAGUUAAGCAGACCAAAAAUUUAGAUUCUAGAAAGUUAAGCAGACCAAAAUUUAGAAUCUAGAAAGUUAAGCAGACCAAAAUUUAGAAUCUAGAAAGUUAAGCAGACCAAAAUUUAGAAUCUAGAAAGUUAAGCAGACCAAAACGUAGAAUCUAGAAAGUUAAGCAGACCAAAAUUUAGAAUCUAGAAAGUUAAGCAGACCAAAAUUUAGAAUCUAGAAAGUUAAGCAGACCAAAAUUUAGAAUCUAGAAAGUUAAGCAGACCAAAAUUUAGAAUCUAGAAAGUUAAGCAGACCAAAACGUAGAAUCUAGAAAGUUAAGCAGACCAAAACGUAGAAUCUAGAAAGUUAAGCAGACCAAAAAUUUAGAAUCUAGAAAGUUAAGCAGACCAAAAACGUAGAAUCUAGAAAGUUAAGCAGACCAAAAACGUAGAAUCUAGAAAGUUAAGCAGACCAAAACGUAGAAUCUAGAAAGUUAAGCAGACCAAAAUUUAGAAUCUAGAAAGUUAAGCAGACCAAAAUUUAGAAUCUAGAAAGUUAAGCAGACCAAAAACGUAGAAUCUAGAAAGUUAAGCAGACCAAAAUUUAGAAUCUAGAAAGUUAAGCAGACCAAAAUUUAGAAUCUAGAAAGUUAAGCAGACCAAAAAUUUAGAAUCUAGAAAGUUAAGCAGACCAAAAACGUAGAAUCUAGAAAGUUAAGCAGACCAAAAUUUAGAAUCUAGAAAGUUGAGCAGACCAAAAAUUUAGAAUCUAGAAAGUUAAGCAGACCAAAAACGUAGAAUCUAGAAAGUUAAGCAGACCAAAAUUUAAAUUACAAAAAGUUGGGCGGAUUCAACUGAAAAAAAAACGACCAAAAUUUAGAAUCUAGAAAGUUAAGCAGACCAAAACGUAGAAUCUAGAAAGUUAAGCAGACCAAAAUUUAGAAUCUAGAAAGUUAAGCAGACCAAAAAUUAGGUUCUAGAAAGUUAAGCAGACCAAAAUUUAGGUUCUAGAAAGUUAAGCAGACCAAAAUUUAGAAUCUAGAAAGUUGAGCAGACCAAAAUUUAGAAUCUAGAAAGUUAAGCAGACCAAAACGUAGAAUCUAGAAAGUUAAGCAGACCAAAAUUUAGAAUCUAGAAAGUUAAGCAGACCAAAAAUUAGGUUCUAGAAAGUUAAGCAGACCAAAAUUUAGGUUCUAGAAAGUUAAGCAGACCAAAAAUUUAGAAUCUAGAAAGUUGAGCAGACCAAAACGUAGAAUCUAGAAAGUUAAGCAGACCAAAAAUUUAGAAUCUAGAAAGUUAAGCAGACCAAAAAUUUAGAAUCUAGAAAGUUAAGCAGACCAAAAUUUAGAAUCUAGAAAGUUAAGCAGACCAAAAAUUUAGAAUCUAGAAAGUUAAGCAGACCAAAAUUUAGAAUCUAGAAAGUUAAGCAGACCAAAAUUUAGAAUCUAGAAAGUUAAGCAGACCAAAAUUUAGAAUCUAGAAAGUUAAGCAGACCAAAAUUUAGAAUCUAGAAAGUUAAGCAGACCAAAACGUAGAAUCUAGAAAGUUAAGCAGACCAAAAUUUAGAAUCUAGAAAGUUAAGCAGACCAAAAUUUAGAAUCUAGAAAGUUAAGCAGACCAAAACGUAGAAUCUAGAAAGUUAAAGCAGACCAAAAAUUUAGAAUCUAGAAAGUUAAGCAGACCAAAACGUAGAAUCUAGAAAGUUAAGCAGACCAAAAACGUAGAAUCUAGAAAGUUAAGCAGACCAAAAUUUAGAAUCUAGAAAGUUAAGCAGACCAAAAACGUAGAAUCUAGAAAGUUAAGCAGACCAAAACGUAGAAUCUAGAAAGUUAAGCAGACCAAAAAUUUAGAAUCUAGAAAGUUAAGCAGACCAAAAUUUAGAAUCUAGAAAGUUAAGCAGACCAAAAACGUAGAAUCUAGAAAGUUAAGCAGACCAAAAACGUAGAAUCUAGAAAGUUAAGCAGACCAAAAUUUAGAAUCUAGAAAGUUAAGCAGACCAAAAUUUAGAAUCUAGAAAGUUAAGCAGACCAAAAUUUAGAAUCUAGAAAGUUAAGCAGACCAAAAACGUAGAAUCUAGAAAGUUAAGCAGACCAAAAAUUUAGAAUCUAGAAAGUUAAGCAGACCAAAAAUUUAGAAUCUAGAAAGUUAAGCAGACCAAAACGUAGAAUCUAGAAAGUUAAGCAGACCAAAAUUUAGAAUCUAGAAAGUUAAGCAGACCAAAAACGUAGAAUCUAGAAAGUUAAGCAGACCAAAAACGUAGAAUCUAGAAAGUUAAAGCAGACCAAAAAUUUAGAAUCUAGAAAGUUAAGCAGACCAAAAACGUAGAAUCUAGAAAGUUAAGCAGACCAAAAUUUAGAAUCUAGAAAGUUAAGCAGACCAAAAUUUAGAAUCUAGAAAGUUAAGCAGACCAAAAUUUAGAAUCUAGAAAGUUAAGCAGACCAAAAACGUAGAAUCUAGAAAGUUAAGCAGACCAAAAUUUAGAAUCUAGAAAGUUAAGCAGACCAAAAUUUAGAAUCUAGAAAGUUAAGCAGACCAAAAUUUAGAAUCUAGAAAGUUAAGCAGACCAAAAUUUAGAAUCUAGAAAGUUAAGCAGACCAAAACGUAGAAUCUAGAAAGUUAAGCAGACCAAAAAUUUAGAAUCUAGAAAGUUAAGCAGACCAAAAAUUUAGAAUCUAGAAAGUUAAAGCAGACCAAAAACGUAGAAUCUAGAAAGUUAAGCAGACCAAAAAUUUAGAAUCUAGAAAGUUAAGCAGACCAAAAUUUAGAAUCUAGAAAGUUAAGCAGACCAAAAUUUAGAAUCUAGAAAGUUAAGCAGACCAAAAUUUAGAAUCUAGAAAGUUAAGCAGACCAAAAUUUAGAAUCUAGAAAGUUAAGCAGACCAAAACGUAGAAUCUAGAAAGUUAAGCAGACCAAAAUUUAGAAUCUAGAAAGUUAAAGCAGACCAAAAAUUUAGAAUCUAGAAAGUUAAGCAGACCAAAAAUUUAGAAUCUAGAAAGUUAAGCAGACCAAAAUUUCAGGUUCUAGAAAGUUAAGCAGACCAAAACGUAGAAUCUAGAAAGUUAAGCAGACCAAAAUUUAGAAUCUAGAAAGUUAAGCAGACCAAAAAUUUAGGUUCUAGAAAGUUAAGCAGACCAAAAACGUAGAAUCUAGAAAGUUAAGCAGACCAAAAUUUAGAAUCUAGAAAGUUAAGCAGACCAAAAACGUAGAAUCUAGAAAGUUAAGCAGACCAAAACGUAGAAUCUAGAAAGUUAAGCAGACCAAAAUUUAGAAUCUAGAAAGUUAAGCAGACCAAAAUUUAGAAUCUAGAAAGUUAAGCAGACCAAAAGUUAGAAUCUAGAAAGUUAAGCAGACCAAAAUUUAAAUUACAAAAAGUUGGGCGGAUUCAACUGAAAAAAAAACGACCAAAAUUUAGGUUCUAGAAAGUUAAGCAGACCAAAACGUAGAAUCUAGAAAGUUAAGCAGACCAAAAUUUAGGUUGUAGAAAGUUAAAGCAGACCAAAACGUAGAAUCUAGAAAGUUAAGCAGACCAAAAUUUAGAAUCUAGAAAGUUAAGCAGACCAAAACGUAGAAUCUAGAAAGUUAAGCAGACCAAAAUUUAGGUUCUAGAAAGUUAAGCAGACCAAAAUUUAGGUUCUAGAAAGUUAAGCAGACCAAAACGUAGAAUCUAGAAAGUUAAGCAGACCAAAACGUAGAAUCUAGAAAGUUAAGCAGACCAAAAUUUAGAAUCUAGAAAGUUAAGCAGACCAAAACGUAGAAUCUAGAAAGUUAAGCAGACCAAAAACGUAGAAUCUAGAAAGUUAAGCAGACCAAAAAGUAGAAUCUAGAAAGUUAAGCAGACCAAAACGUAGAAUCUAGAAAGUUAAGCAGACCAAAAACGUAGAAUCUAGAAAGUUAAGCAGACCAAAAACGUAGAAUCUAGAAAGUUAAGCAGACCAAAACGUAGAAUCUAGAAAGUUAAGCAGACCAAAACGUAGAAUCUAGAAAGUUAAGCAGACCAAAACGUAGAAUCUAGAAAGUUAAGCAGACCAAAAACGUAGAAUCUAGAAAGUUAAGCAGACCAAAAUUUAGAAUCUAGAAAGUUAAGCAGACCAAAAAUUUAGAAUCUAGAAAGUUAAGCAGACCAAAACGUAGAAUCUAGAAAGUUAAGCAGACCAAAAUUUAGAAUCUAGAAAGUUAAGCAGACCAAAACGUAGAAUCUAGAAAGUUAAGCAGACCAAAACGUAGAAUCUAGAAAGUUAAGCAGACCAAAACGUAGAAUCUAGAAAGUUAAGCAGACCAAAACGUAGAAUCUAGAAAGUUAAGCAGACCAAAAAUUUAGAAUCUAGAAAGUUAAGCAGACCAAAAACGUAGAAUCUAGAAAGUUAAGCAGACCAAAAACGUAGAAUCUAGAAAGUUAAGCAGACCAAAACGUAGAAUCUAGAAAGUUAAGCAGACCAAAACGUAGAAUCUAGAAAGUUAAGCAGACCAAAACGUAGAAUCUAGAAAGUUAAGCAGACCAAAACGUAGAAUCUAGAAAGUUAAGCAGACCAAAACGUAGAAUCUAGAAAGUUAAGCAGACCAAAACGUAGAAUCUAGAAAGUUAAGCAGACCAAAACGUAGAAUCUAGAAAGUUAAGCAGACCAAAACGUAGAAUCUAGAAAGUUAAGCAGACCAAAAUUUAGAAUCUAGAAAGUUAAGCAGACCAAAAUUUAGAAUCUAGAAAGUUAAGCAGACCAAAACGUAGAAUCUAGAAAGUUAAGCAGACCAAAAUUUAGAAUCUAGAAAGUUAAGCAGACCAAAAUUUAGAAUCUAGAAAGUUAAGCAGACCAAAACGUAGAAUCUAGAAAGUUAAGCAGACCAAAAUUUAGAAUCUAGAAAGUUAAGCAGACCAAAAUUUAGAAUCUAGAAAGUUAAGCAGACCAAAAAGUUAGAAUCUAGAAAGUUAAGCAGACCAAAAUUUAGGUUCUAGAAAGUUAAGCAGACCAAAAUUUAGGUUCUAGAAAGUUAAAGCAGACCAAAACGUAGAAUCUAGAAAGUUAAGCAGACCAAAACGUAGAAUCUAGAAAGUUAAGCAGACCAAAAUUUAGGUUGUAGAAAGUUAAGCAGACCAAAACGUAGAAUCUAGAAAGUUAAGCAGACCAAAAUUUAGAAUCUAGAAAGUUAAGCAGACCAAAACGUAGAAUCUAGAAAGUUAAGCAGACCAAAAUUUAGGUUCUAGAAAGUUAAGCAGACCAAAAUUUAGGUUCUAGAAAGUUAAGCAGACCAAAACGUAGAAUCUAGAAAGUUAAGCAGACCAAAACGUAGAAUCUAGAAAGUUAAGCAGACCAAAACGUAGAAUCUAGAAAGUUAAGCAGACCAAAACGUAGAAUCUAGAAAGUUAAGCAGACCAAAACGUAGAAUCUAGAAAGUUAAGCAGACCAAAACGUAGAAUCUAGAAAGUUAAGCAGACCAAAAUUUAGAAUCUAGAAAGUUAAGCAGACCAAAACGUAGAAUCUAGAAAGUUAAGCAGACCAAAACGUAGAAUCUAGAAAGUUAAGCAGACCAAAACGUAGAAUCUAGAAAGUUAAGCAGACCAAAAACGUAGAAUCUAGAAAGUUAAGCAGACCAAAACGUAGAAUCUAGAAAGUUAAGCAGACAAAAACGUAGAAUCUAGAAAGUUAAGCAGACCAAAACGUAGAAUCUAGAAAGUUAAGCAGACCAAAACGUAGAAUCUAGAAAGUUAAGCAGACCAAAACGUAGAAUCUAGAAAGUUAAGCAGACCAAAACGUAGAAUCUAGAAAGUUAAGCAGACCAAAACGUAGAAUCUAGAAAGUUAAGCAGACCAAAAUUUAGAAUCUAGAAAGUUAAGCAGACCAAAAUUUAGAAUCUAGAAAGUUAAGCAGACCAAAACGUAGAAUCUAGAAAGUUAAGCAGACCAAAAUUUAGAAUCUAGAAAGUUAAGCAGACCAAAAAUUUAGAAUCUAGAAAGUUAAGCAGACCAAAACGUAGAAUCUAGAAAGUUAAGCAGACCAAAAUUUAGAAUCUAGAAAGUUAAGCAGACCAAAAUUUAGAAUCUAGAAAGUUAAGCAGACCAAAAGUUAGAAUCUAGAAAGUUAAGCAGACCAAAAUUUAAAUUACAAAAAGUUGGGCGGAUUCAACUGAAAAAAAAACGACCAAAAUUUAGAAUCUAGAAAGUUAAGCAGACCAAAACGUAGAAUCUAGAAAGUUAAGCAGACCAAAAUUUAGAAUCUAGAAAGUUAAGCAGACCAAAAUUUAGAAUCUAGAAAGUUAAGCAGACCAAAAUUUAGAAUCUAGAAAGUUAAGCAGACCAAAAACGUAGAAUCUAGAAAGUUAAGCAGACCAAAAAUUUAGAAUCUAGAAAGUUAAGCAGACCAAAAUUUAGAAUCUAGAAAGUUAAGCAGACCAAAAACGUAGAAUCUAGAAAGUUAAGCAGACCAAAAAUUUAGAAUCUAGAAAGUUAAGCAGACCAAAAACGUAGAAUCUAGAAAGUUAAGCAGACCAAAACGUAGAAUCUAGAAAGUUAAGCAGACCAAAAUUUAGAAUCUAGAAAGUUAAGCAGACCAAAAUUUAGAAUCUAGAAAGUUAAGCAGACCAAAAUUUAGAAUCUAGAAAGUUAAGCAGACCAAAACGUAGAAUCUAGAAAGUUAAGCAGACCAAAAUUUAGAAUCUAGAAAGUUAAGCAGACCAAAACGUAGAAUCUAGAAAGUUAAGCAGACCAAAACGUAGAAUCUAGAAAGUUAAGCAGACCAAAAUUUAGAAUCUAGAAAGUUAAGCAGACCAAAAUUUAGAAUCUAGAAAGUUAAGCAGACCAAAACGUAGAAUCUAGAAAGUUAAGCAGACCAAAACGUAGAAUCUAGAAAGUUAAGCAGACCAAAAUUUAGAAUCUAGAAAGUUGAGCAGACCAAAAUUUAGAAUCUAGAAAGUUAAGCAGACCAAAACGUAGAAUCUAGAAAGUUAAGCAGACCAAAAUUUAAAUUACAAAAAGUUGGGCGGAUUCAACUGAAAAAAAAACGACCAAAAUUUAGAAUCUAGAAAGUUAAGCAGACCAAAACGUAGAAUCUAGAAAGUUAAGCAGACCAAAAUUUAGAAUCUAGAAAGUUAAGCAGACCAAAAAAAUUAGGUUCUAGAAAGUUAAGCAGACCAAAAAUUUAGGUUCUAGAAAGUUAAGCAGACCAAAAUUUAGAAUCUAGAAAGUUGAGCAGACCAAAAUUUAGAAUCUAGAAAGUUAAGCAGACCAAAACGUAGAAUCUAGAAAGUUAAGCAGACCAAAAUUUAGAAUCUAGAAAGUUAAGCAGACCAAAAAUUAGGUUCUAGAAAGUUAAGCAGACCAAAAUUUAGGUUCUAGAAAGUUGAGCAGACCAAAAUUUAGAAUCUAGAAAGUUAAGCAGACCAAAACGUAGAAUCUAGAAAGUUAAGCAGACCAAAAUUUAGAAUCUAGAAAGUUAAGCAGACCAAAAUUUAGAAUCUAGAAAGUUAAGCAGACCAAAAUUUAGAAUCUAGAAAGUUAAGCAGACCAAAAUUUAGAAUCUAGAAAGUUAAGCAGACCAAAAUUUAGAAUCUAGAAAGUUAAGCAGACCAAAAACGUAGAAUCUAGAAAGUUAAGCAGACCAAAAUUUAGAAUCUAGAAAGUUAAGCAGAUAAAAAAACGUAGAAUCUAGAAAGUUAAGCAGACCAAAAACGUAGAAUCUAGAAAGUUAAGCAGACCAAAAUUUAGAAUCUAGAAAGUUAAGCAGACCAAAAUUUAGAAUCUAGAAAGUUAAGCAGACCAAAAAUUUAGAAUCUAGAAAGUUAAGCAGACCAAAAUUUAGAAUCUAGAAAGUUAAGCAGACCAAAAAUUUAGAAUCUAGAAAGUUAAGCAGACCAAAAUUUAGAAUCUAGAAAGUUAAGCAGACCAAAACGUAGAAUCUAGAAAGUUAAGCAGACCAAAAUUUAGAAUCUAGAAAGUUAAGCAGACCAAAAAUUUAGAAUCUAGAAAGUUAAGCAGACCAAAAACGUAGAAUCUAGAAAGUUAAAGCAGACCAAAAAUUUAGAAUCUAGAAAGUUGAGCAGACCAAAAAUUUAGAAUCUAGAAAGUUAAGCAGACCAAAACGUAGAAUCUAGAAAGUUAAGCAGACCAAAAUUUAAAUUACAAAAAGUUGGGCGGAUUCAACUGAAAAAAACUUCUUUUUUCUCAAAUUGUCCCUUGUUAACUUUUUCUGUUGAAUAAUCAUAUUGGUUUUUUUCCAAAGCUCCCUUUUUAUUAUUAUUUUUUUAUCUAUAAAAUCUUUCAGAGCAGCGAACAAGGGCCGAUUUUUUUACGUGGGCCGGUGAAUUUGGCAAGUGAAGCGCCGCUUUUUGGGCGAUGAGGCAUUACCUGUAGUUUAUCUGCACACGAAGAGGAAUCCCGACGAUGUUGAGCUCGAUGAUGAGGAAGAGCUUUUGGAACGAUAUCAGAUGGUUUUUACAUUUCGUUCGUUUUUAUAGGGAUUAUGGGGUUUUUGAGGACUAGUUCAUCAUUUUUGAAAUUUUUCAAACAUUAGUGAUGAAAAAUGUAACUUGGAAAGUGCGUAGGAAACAGUUGGAGCUAUAUUUUAAUUUUGGAAAAAUUUUUUUUCGUCCUGUUCAUUUUAAACCGAAUAACUAUCCUUCUGUAACUUUAAUUGUUCUGAAAAUAGUUUUUUUUUUUGUGGAAUUUUGAAGCUUUCAGAUCGUCUAUCGCUGUCUGAAUGCGACAGUUUGCAUGUUUGUCCGGUUUCCCGACGUUGAAACGAGUUCGAAAGAGCAAAUUGUGAGCCGGCGGAUGCUCCGGAAUAUUGACGCCUACUUGGAAACGGAUCUGAGCAACUUGGCCAGCAGGAUAGGCGAUGAGUUAGUGAUAUGGUUGCAUAUUUUUCUCAAUAAAUAUUAUUUUGAGGAUCGGCGGCGAGAACGAUUUGAGGCCAGAAGCGACGGACUUCCACUACGUCUACUUCAACCCGGCGUCGCUCUCCAUGACGUCAUCUUUCUCUUCGACGUCUUCUGAAGGCUUAGAUGGGACGACGGCAAGUGUCGGGGUGGCCAAGGCGCCUCCGCCGCCGGUUGACGUCAAUAGGUUCAUUUUAAAUUUUUUUUUUUGUUACUUCGAAAUGAAAAUCUCGUUGAAGUUCAGGGUAGCUAAAUUUUGAGAUCUUUAUCUGUUAAAAAUCAAGCUAAAGUCCAAUUGAACCCAGGAAAAUCACUUUUGGGGUCGUUCCUCACGAGUUCACGGUGACAUCCCAUUUUUUAAUCGUUUUGAAAAAUUCCUUGUUGAUGAAAAUGAGCAAUAAACGCGAAAAAUAUUUUCCCUAUCUCGUUCAUUUUUUUUCGAGAAGUUUACUGAUCCUUUCAAGAAUGACGCCAAUUUAAAGAUUUUUUUAGUUAAAUAUAAAUGAGCUACAAUGUGACCAAGCUGCUACAUUUCUAUGAAAAAUUAUAUUUUUUUCUUUACAAAGUCCUUUUUUUAAAGUUUUAGCCGUAAAUAUAUCUCUCACUAGAAGUUAUGGCAUAAAAUAAAUCCUUAACUUCAUUCUAUAGCCUUACCUGUAUCCUUAACUACACGCUAUAGCCUUAUCUGUAUCCUUAACUACGCGUUAUAGACUUACCUAUAUCCUUGACUACAAGUUAUAGCCCUAAUUAUUUUCUUAACGGGGAGUUAUAGCCUCAACUAUAUCCUUAACGGGGAGUUAUAACCUUAAUUAUAUCCUUAACUGGAAGUUAUAGUUUUACCUAUAUUCUUAAUUUCAAGUUAUAGCCUUAACCAUAUCAUUAACUAAAGUUUGAACCCGUAACUAUAUCCUUAACUUGAAUUCGUUGUUGUUAUUUGAGAUUUCCUCUUAAGACUGAUUUUUCUCAAAAAGUUCCUUCAUAAUCAACAAGGGCAAAGAAUAGAAAAAUAGAAAAAAACACCCCUCCGUAUUUUGCGCGUUCUUCGCAUCGGCAGACCAAAUUAAGAAGCAAAUCAAAGGCUAAUGCAUCGUCGUUGCUGGCCGCAGUAGUUUCACCCUAAUUGCUUCCGUUCGAGCGCCCAGAAGUCGUUGGUCUUGAGGCGCAGGUGGCGGCAGAUGAGAUCGAACCGACAUUUAUCAAAUUGCAACUUUAAUUGCGCUUUUCAUGUACCUUUAUUGGGCAUUUGGGAAGGUGCUGUGGAGAUUUAAUUUUGUUCAGUCUUCAUAGAAUCGUGAAAUGAUUCGAGAUUUUUACGGUUAAAAAAAACUGUCGUUGAUCAAGAACGGCGUGUAGAUCAUCUCGUCCUUCUUGCGGUAGUGGGAGUGGUAAAUGAUAUUAAUUUAUCAGAAGAAAAAAAUCACCGACAUCAAAUCGAGGUCUCAUUUUUGGGAUCAAUCUUCGUUGAUCUUGAAAAUUAUCAAAAGAUGGUUUUUCUAAGAUUGAUAAUGAUUUUAAAGAGUAAAAAGGGGAAAAAACUGAUUUUAUUGAUUUGAAGUAAUAAUCAUAUCGUGAUUUAAAAGGUCUCAUUUAGAGCAUCUAUACAAUUAAGUGGUAAAAAGCUGAAAGCUUGCUUGAUGUUUAAAGAUCAGAGUUUAAAAAAAGAUGUCGAAGUUUAGAAGCUUCGAAAAAAAUUCGUUUUUUAAAAAUUUGAUAAUGCAAUUUACUUUGUACGUUGUCAUGUACGCUCCAUGGAUAACUCAACUUUUUUUGUAUCUAUUUGAAAAAUUUAUACGUUGGUUUCAUUUUUUUCAAAGUACUAAUAAAGUCAAUCAGAAGCCUUCAUGUCCGGUUUUUUUCUCAAAAAUUUUUCCCUAAAAAGGCAAUUUUUACAUUUGUAACUUGUUUUUUUAAAUAUUUUUUUCCUAACCAAUUCACGGUUGAAAAAAAUUCAGAUCCAAUAGCUUGAAUUUUUUUGAUUAAUAUUUUCAGUUCGAGAACCAUUUAUUACGAUUUCAGAUUGGUCUGCGAAACACUGUCGGGCUUCGUUUCGGAAAGCGAAGAAUUUGGCGAAUGUUUCGCCAAGUCGGAGACCGACUGGUGGGUCGUCAUCAAAAAGGUGAAUUUCGGAAAAAUUCUGAUCUAUGAUUAUUUUUAUGAUAGUUUUGAAAAAUACUUCAUACUAGUUUAUUUUUUCCCGAAUUUCCACCGAAAUUCAAAAAGGCAGAAGUGUGCGUACACGUUUCCUUGAAGUGAAACGGCAGUAAAAGUAAAGUCGGAGACGAAACGAAAUUUGAUCAUCCUUCACCGCUCACUUGAGCGCCUCCCACCUCCCUUUUUCGGUCGCCUGCCCUUUGCUAAACUGAGCCGUCUUUUAUCCGGAUAUUCAGUUAGAGAAAAGUCAACCCCCGUCAUGAACUUUCGCACGAGAUUUAUUGGCAGUGGAGCGCGAUUUUUGAGCCCAGAAAGAGCCGCAAAGUGGCUUUUUCCACGAUUUAGAAAAAAAUCUAGAAAGUUUUGGAAAAUUCGGCUAAGAAGGAAGAACAAAAAAACCUCUUUAGUGAGAUAGAGCGCACUUUCAGUUACAGAAAGACUGGCUCCAAAAUUUUCUACCAUAAAACUUAAGAACUUUGAAAUGAUCCCUACAGGGGUCGAAAAAGGGAUCUCUAUAGGGGUUUAGGGUCUGACCCCUGGGCUCCUAUAACGACUACCCUCAUGUUCCCUAUAGGGACCACUUUGGCAAGCUUUGUGACCCCUAGAGGGGUUGGUAAAGUGGUCCCCAGAGAGUGCCCUCCGAAAGCCCCUAAGGUUGCCCCUAUAGGGACCGCUCGGGAGUCAAUUUCCAAACAUUCGCGCCCCAAAUCAACUUCUCUUAUGCUUGCCAGGGGUCAUCGGGUAAACCUGUAAUAAACCUUUGACGGGUGUUGAGCACGCUUUUUUUUAGGCUUUUUGAGUUUCAUUUGGGGAAACACGGGCGGCAGAAGAAAGGGGGGACUCAGCUAGGUUUAUCUCGAAAAUCUGAGACCCACCUGAGCUUAAAAAGCCUAAAAGUUUUACCAAAUGGACUUGUACGGGUGUAUGACGGGCGCACCCGCUGAGACCCUGUUCCAGCUCGGCGGGUCUACCCUCAUCACUAUGAGAGUUCAGAAAAACCCCUCGAAAUGUAGUGAAGACGUGUUGAUGCGAGUUUCGCAGAGUUUUUAGGGCGAGAGCUUGAUUGAUGGGGGUGAAUAUAUUAAAAGUUGUUGACGCUUGUACCCGUUCUGGCCAUCAGAAAACAAGUUUGUUAUAUGGAGAGUGAUCACUUUAGGGAAGACAAGUUUUGUCUUUUUCUAGGGUCUUUGUGAAGACUGGUAUAGAAGUAGACUCCAGUAAGUGUUUUUAUCCGAAGUGACCUCUUAAAUAAACUUUAGAUAGAUUUUUGAGAUAUUUUAACACUUUGAUAUAUAGGGGCCUCUGUGAGCUUUGAAUCCAAGAUUUCAAAAGUUUAGGAAGUUUUUGAGCCUCCAAAUCCAUGCUAAGAGUUUUCGAAUAUUCUAAAUUUUUCCUUUUGAUUUCCAGGUGAACUCCCGACUUCUGGUCCUUCUCCUACCUCCCUCAUCAUAUCAACAAUCGUUGGCCGAUGUCCAGUCAAGGACUCAAGUCAUCGUCAAAUCUCAUUUCAAAGCGAUUUUCUUCAAUUAG